GAAACCACGACACAUGAAUGUGCGCGUGUAAAAUACGAAACAAUACUUUCCGGAAACUGUCAUUGAUACUUGAUGGAGAGUUAAGAUGGCGAACUUCGACACAAUUUUUCAUGAAAAUAGCUCUGAAGAUGAUACAGAUAAUACUCAAACAUCGUUGGAGUACGCACUUAAUCUACCCGAGCCAAUUGUUAUUCGUGGUGUUGGUAAUAUGACUGUCUUUGGUUUAAAUUGUAAAUAUGACACGGAUUUUCCGUCAGCACUUCACGCAAAGGUUGCCAAUGAAGAGUUUUCGAUGACUAUAAAUCAAGUAAACAAAGUUUUGAGGAAGACGAUGACUGUUAAUGUCAGAUGGUGGUUAUGUGGAUGUAUAUGUUGUUGUUGUACUUUAGGAAUGUCAUUAUGGCCAGUUGUGUGUCUUAACAAAAGGACUCGUCACACUAUUAAUAAAGUUUUAGAUUCAGAGAAUGUUAAUUUCUAUCAUAAACUUGGUCUUCAUUGGAGUUUACGAAAACAGAAGUGUGUGUCCAGCAACAUGAUGGAAUAUGUGCUUCUGGUUGAGUUUUUACCAAAAGCACAAAUACUGAAACCAGACUAGCAGAUUGAAAUUCACUGCAAUCAUAAACACAAUCAGAUUGUUGGUCCAUGGAGUUCAUGUCAUGAAGCAUUGAGAAAAUAUGGAAGUUGCUAUUGCAUUGACUAUUAUUCACCAAGAAAAGACUAAACGUAGCUCAGUUGUUGGCUAGAAGAACAAUAUGAAAUAAUGGGGAUGUAUGAAAUUUAGCUGUAUUUGCAUUUGUUUUUCUGAAAUAGUGUACAUGAAAAAAUUCACAGUUUCUUAUAAAGAAAGCAAAUGCAUAAAUAUUAUUUUCCAAAGUUUUUCUGCUGAACUUAACAGUUUGAAGGCAUUCUGUUUACAAUAUAUAUAUGUGUAUGUAGCAAAGCUAUUUUAAAAUUUAUAUAAGAUUUGAAAAUUUUAAUGAGACCCACAUUUAAAUAUCUUUUUUAUUAAAUUUCAUACCUAUCUGUAGUUCUUAGAUUCUUGUAAAAUUAAUAUAUUUGUUAUUGGUGUACAUUGCUUAAGAAGGUCGAAUGAAACGAGCAGUAUUACAUUUUCUUUGAAGAUUAAUUUGAACAAAAUCAAAA